UUGGUAUUAAAAUGUUUUCAGUAGCACCAACCAUUGUGUUGUUGCAGAUUUGAGAUGACAGAUACAUGUUGAGCUAUUUUAACGAAUUAUACCCUCAUAUUGAUAACCGGGACUGACGGCACACACGUUUAACGACGUUACAGCUGUUAUUUUUGAGGUUGUGUCCAAAAAAAGUGCAGAGCUCUUGUGGGCAGAACAAGCUAGCUAACGUUAGUCAGGUCGGACGGCGGCGAGGCCCCAACCGGACGGGAACACGGGGGAACCAUGGCCAACAUCGCAGUUCAGAGGAUAAAACGGGAAUUCAAGGAGGUCCUAAAAAGUGAAGAGACGAGCAAAAACCAGAUAAAGGUGGAUCUGGUGGAUGAGAACUUCACAGAACUUAAAGGGGAGAUAGCAGGGCCACCUGACACACCAUAUGAAGGCGGUAGAUAUCAACUAGAAAUUAAAAUUCCAGAGACGUAUCCAUUCAAUCCACCCAAGGUGCGGUUUAUCACAAAGAUCUGGCAUCCCAACAUCAGCUCAGUUACAGGUGCAAUAUGUCUGGACAUUCUCAAAGACCAGUGGGCAGCUGCUAUGACUCUGAGGACAGUCCUCUUGUCACUACAAGCCUUAUUGGCAGCCGCAGAACCAGAUGACCCGCAGGACGCAGUGGUAGCCAAUCAGUACAAGCAGAACCCAGAGAUGUUCAAACAGACAGCGAGGCUCUGGUCUCAUGUCUAUGCAGGAGCGCCUGUCUCCAGUCCGGAGUACACACGCAAAAUAGACAAACUCUGUGCCAUGGGCUUUGAAAAAAAUGCAGUAAUAGUGGCGUUGUCAUCGAAAUCCUGGGACGUGGAGACAGCGACAGAGCUACUGCUCAGUAACUGAAUCUUGACACCCCCUUCAUCUUCCUCCACAUCCCUUUCUCCCCUCCUCACACAUACGCACCCUCUCUCCUCCAAAUUCCAGCUGUCUGAAGGCGUCUCCUCCUCUGUCGCACCCUCUGUUUCACAGUGGACUCCUCACCUCCAUACUUCUCUGCUCCAUCCCUCCAUUAUCCCCUCUGUGUGGCAUCCCCCCCUGCUCGUCUCUUCUGCUGUACCACACUCCAAUCAGUCGCUCUGUGAGCUCUUAUCUCUGGUUUCUUUAAGUUCAUUUGACAUUCCACACAGUGCUACAAUCAAAAGUCCAACCACAUCUCACCCCCUUUGAAGCAAAUGCCAGACUUAAGACCCCACCCACGCCCGCCAGUCUCCCAGCUUUUCUGGCUGUGUCCAAGAAGCGGCUGUCAGUGGCUUAUCCUUGCCUAUGCAGUGCAUUUACUUUGAUUUGUGAAAACCUUUGUAGGAGAGAGCCAUUCAAGGAGGCUCUUUUGGACCUGGUCCCUAUUUUUGCACACUUUGGUCCUGUUUUCUAAACAGGGUUUAGGCAGAGUCCUAGACUUUUAAUUUGGUGUCUCUCAUUCAUUCACCCUUGCACAAUAAACACUCAGUGUUUUGGGAUGCUCUAUAGUAGUAUAGGGUACUCUAAAAUGAGUAGUAAGUUGAAAUACCAGGACUGUUACGAGUCUUUAUAUUGUACCAUUGCUGGGAUUCGUUGAGGGCACCAUAAAAUGUAUGCAUUUUUUAAACUUAAAAUCUGGACAUUCAAAUAAAAUUGUGGUUAAAUAAAUGUAGCGCACCAUGUAGUAAUAAGUAAUAAUGGAGUUACAGACACCAAAUAGGACUCGGCUCAUUCCCUGUUCUGGAAAACAGCUCAUAAAGUGUCACUGAGGUGUAGCCAUACUCAUUUUCACGCCACAUUUUCUCCCCUUCAACUGUCUGACAAACCCAAAGCUCCCGCAGCAAACCCAAGUUCCAACCCCCACACCUGCUCUCAACUCGGGCUCACUUCACCAGUCCCUUUCCCCACAUUUUUUUUAAAAAAAAAAAAAGAAAGAUUAUUUGCUUUUGGCCUCCCACAGGAAUACAUUUGGAUUCUUGUUUUUAAAC